UUUUUGGUAAUUUCACGUUUGGAUCUCACCCUUCUUAGUUCUUCCAAUCCCCGACCCAAAGUUCUGAACUUUUCCGGUGGUAACAUUUCCCGCUGCGAAUCAGCUCCAGCCUCUAGGGUUUCACUUCUCAGUCAGUGCCCCAGUCGGGGUGGGAACAUUCUUGAAAACUCCUCACAAAGAGAAAAACCCGAGAAGGAAAAGAGAACUUCCAAUUCGGACGGCAGCAGCAGCUGGAGGAGGAGGAACAUGGGAAAAGACGAGGAAGAGAUGAGAGGGGAGAUCGAGGAGAGGCUCAUAAACGAGGAGUACAAGAUCUGGAAGAAGAACACCCCCUUCCUCUACGAUCUGGUCAUUACCCACGCCCUCGAGUGGCCUUCUCUCACCGUCGAGUGGCUUCCGGACCGAGAGGAGCCCCCCGGCAAGGACUAUUCGGUCCAGAAGAUGAUCCUCGGCACCCACACCUCCGAAAACGAGCCCAAUUACCUUAUGCUCGCCCAGGUCCAGCUCCCCCUCGAGGACGCGGAGAACGACGCCCGCCACUACGAUGACGACCGCGCCGAUGUCGGUGGGUUCGGCUGCGCCAAUGGCAAGGUGCAAAUAAUCCAGCAAAUAAAUCACGAUGGAGAGGUUAAUCGUGCUCGCUAUAUGCCUCAAAACCCGUUUAUUAUCGCCACUAAGACAGUUAGUGCUGAAGUCUAUGUUUUUGAUUAUAGCAAACACCCAUCUAAGCCUCCUCUAGAUGGGGCGUGUAGUCCUGACUUAAGGUUGAGGGGCCACAACACUGAAGGAUAUGGCUUAUCCUGGAGUAAGUUUAAAAAGGGCCAUUUACUGAGCGGCUCUGAUGAUGCUCAGAUAUGUUUGUGGGAUAUUAAUGCAACUCCUAAGAACAAAAGCCUCGACGCCACACAAAUUUUUAAGGUUCAUGAAGGUGUUGUAGAAGAUGUAGCUUGGCAUCUGAGGCACGAAUACUUAUUUGGUUCCGUUGGUGAUGAUCAGCACCUGCUUAUAUGGGAUCUCCGGACUCCAUCGGUUAGCAAGCCUGUCCAAUCCGUCAUCGCUCAUCAAAGUGAGGUAAACUGCUUAGCUUUCAAUCCCUCUAAUGAAUGGGUUGUUGCAACGGGGUCUACUGAUAAAACCGUAAAGUUGUUUGAUCUACGUAAGAUCAGCACUGCGCUCCACACCUUUGAUUGUCACAAGGAGGAAGUUUUCCAAGUUGGUUGGAAUCCAAAAAAUGAGACUAUAUUAGCUUCUUGUUGCCUUGGUAGGAGACUCAUGGUGUGGGAUCUUAGCAGGAUUGAUGAAGAACAAACGCCAGAGGACGCCGAAGAUGGACCGCCAGAGUUACUCUUUAUUCAUGGUGGUCACACGAGUAAAAUAUCUGAUUUUUCUUGGAACCCGUGUGAAGAUUGGGUUAUUGCUAGCGUAGCUGAGGAUAACAUACUUCAAAUCUGGCAGAUGGCAGAGAACAUCUACCAUGAUGAAGAUGAUUUACCAGAAGAAACGACAAAGGCUGCUUAGUGUAAUUUUAUAGUGUUUUGGCAUAGACAAGUAGCCGUAAAAAAGAAUUAUAGAAGGUGCAACUAGGUGUUUUCCAUAGUUAUUUGUAUUUGUUUUCCAGUGUCCUCCUUGCGUCUCUGCAAGCUUUUGUGCUUGUGUUACUGACUCUUGUUACAUUCACUCACGCACAGUUCCCAUAAUUAUAUCUGGAACUCUUUAGUUUAUUUCAGAUUUCACCAGUGGAGCUUCACACAGAAUGUAGCCUCAAAUCAGUGAAUGUUAAUCGAAGUUAUCUGUAAA